AUGCGUGAUAUAUUAGAAGUUGACAAGCCCUUUGGUGAAAGGGUCAUUGUUUUGGGAGGGGAUUUCAGGCACAUAUUGCCAGUGAUUCCAAAUGCUGGGAAGACAGAGAUACUUAUGGCCACUUUGAAUUCGUCACCUAUGUGGUACAAAUACAUUGGUGAUGGAACGAUAAAUGAUGAUGGGAGUGGUGAAGCCGUGAUUGAUAUUCCUGAUGAUCUGUUGGUUAAAGACUGUAAAGAUCCUAUAAAAAUGAUCGUCAAAGAAAUUUAUGGGAGUUUGUUUUCGAAAGAGACUGAUCCUAAAUUUUUUCAAGACCGUGCCAUACUGAGUCUAAGAAACGAUGAUGUAGAGACGAUAAAUGAUUACAUGCUUUCAAAGUUGUCGGGUGUUGAAAGGACCUAUCUUAGUUGUGAUAGCAUUGAUACGGCUGAAGAAGUUGUCAAUUACAAUGAUGCAUCUGAAGUACCAUCGGAUAGUGUAGCCAGUAUGAAUAAAGGUGGUUCCAACAAUAUGAUCUAUACCGAGGAGUUUUUAAAUAGUAUCAAGAUGUCUGGUUUCCCUAAUCAUGUCUUGAAGUUGAGAAAGGGUACUCCGGUAAUGCUUCUAAGAAAUAUCGACCCUAAGAAUGGGUUGUGUAAAGGCACAAGACUCAUCAUUACUAAGAUGGUUAAUUAUGUUCUCCAGGCUCAGAUAAUAACAGGUAGCAAGGUUGGUGACAAAGUACUCAUUCCUAGGAUAUUCCUCUCUCCUUCGGAGAUGAAACUUCCUUUCAGGAUGAGACGCAAGCAGUUUCCUAUCACAUUAGCUUUUGCAAUGACUAUAAACAAAAGCCAAGGACAAACACUCGAAAAGGUUGGCUUGUAUCUUCCAAGGCCGGUAUUUACUCAUGGGCAACUCUAUGUCGCUGUGUCGAGGGUUACAUCUAGAGAAGGUUUGAAGAUAUUGAUCACCGAUAAAGACAACAAACCACAAAGCAAAACAUUGAAUGUCGUCUACAAGGAAGUUUUUGACAAGAUAUGA